GGAUUUCACUUGUGAUGUAAUACUCGGAACUGAAGCAGAAUAUGACGAUCGCAUUAUAGAGGCAACCACCUAUCCAUAUCGUUUUCGAUUCCACGCUUAUGAUAGGAUCAAUGACCUUUUUCACAACCACCCAUCCAACCACACCGGCCACGUCUACGAUGCCAUAACAGUUUUUUCGCCUACCUCAGCCUCUAAUCCAGUCGACGACGUCUGGGUCUAA